AUGAUCAAACCGCAGAUUGACCAAAAUUCCACAAAUACUCACCACUACGUAGAGCCUACUGCUUUCCCCAUUGGCCCCAAAUUCACAAAGUAUAAGAAUAAUCCCAUUCUUGUUCCGGACCCAGAACACGAGUUUGAAGAAUCCUACAUAUACAAUGCCGCGGCUAUUGUGGUAGACGACAAAGUAUUCUUACUUUACCGAGCCCAGAAUCGAACCAAGGUCUCUAGUGUGGGGAUAGCAUGGUCUGAUGAUGGGUACAAUUUUGUGCGGUACCACAAGCCUGUUUUGUAUCCUACCGAGCCAUGGGAACAAAAUGGUGGCUGUGAAGACCCUCGUGUGGUGAGAGACCCGGAAACGAAAAAAUUUAUCAUGACAUACACUGCCUAUGAUGGAGCCACUGCUCGGCUCUGUGUGGCUACGUCCAACGAUCUUUUCCACUGGAAGAAGUAUCCGCCCAUUAUCAACUCAGAUUCAUCGUGGCAAGACAUAGCGGUGACUAGUACCGGUCACCGCAUUAUUAGGGAUGCAUGGCUGAAAUCAGGUGCAAUUUUCACCGAGCGCAACAAAGAUGGAAAGUAUUAUAUGAUAUGGGGAGAUAGUGCAUUUCAUUUGGCAGAAAGUUGCGAUUUGGCCCAUUGGAACUUGACUCUGACGUCUUAUGGCAACAAUACUUUCACCACGGGCAAAUAUGUUUGGCAAAAUAAACUCAUUGAGCCAGGACCAGCCCCAAUCAAGCUUGAUAUUCCUGGCAAAAAUUGGUGGGUUCUAUUCUACAAUUCUGCUACUACUGGAGGCGCAGAGUACGCCAAGGACACCUACGCCAUCUCCCAGAUGCUAGUGGACUACGACAACCUUGGGGCAGGUCCUUUGGCUCGUAUGGAUAGCCCUAUUCUUGUGCCGGAUGCUGCCAACGAAAUUGAGGGCCAGGUCAACCGGGUGGUUUUUACCGAAGGUUUGGUGCAAUUUAAGAACAAAUGGUUCUUGUACUUUGGCCAGGGAGACAGCGAGCUAGGUGUGGCGACGGCACCGGUUGACUAG